AUGUCUUUAGUUGCGGUAGGAGCAUGCUAUGUCGAUACAAUCCUAACCACACCUUAUUACCCAGGCGAAGAUGACAAACUACGUGCAACAAGCAUCUCGCGUCGACGGGGCGGCAACUGUCCAAACAGCCUAGAGGUUCUCCAGCAAAUUAUGGCUGAAAGUCCUUCAGACAUACAAGUUCCUCUCAACCUUGUUGCCAUUCUACCUGCGCGGACAUCUGUCGCAUCUCGGCAAAUAAGAAGCGCGUUCGAGCCUCAUGUAUCUCUCGAGCAUUGUAUAUAUCGAGAGGAGUUUGAGGAGCCGGCUUCGAGUUAUAUCAUCAAGAGUCAGGCAUCUGGGAGUAGGACAAUUGUCAAUUACAAUGAGCUUCCGGAGAUGGCCCUAGAGGAGUUCGAAAGCAUUGUUGAUGGGCUGAGGAGUCCGGUCGGGUGGUUUCAUUUUGAGGGCCGUAUACCAGACGUGACCCUUGCAUGUAUACGUCAUCUUCGAGAUCGCUUCCCUAAUACCAGGAUUAGCGUGGAAGUCGAGAAACCUGGGCGUGACGGCCUCCAGGAACUUGCAAUGGAGGCCGAUAUAGUUUUCUACUCAAAGACUUGGGCUCAGAAUAGUGGGUAUAAUUCUGCCGAAGAAUGUCUUCAAGAACAGUCAUCGCUGACGCGAAAUGCCUCACUGCUUUGCUGUACCUGGGGGCAAGAUGGUGCUGUGGCCCUGGAGACCAGUACUGGAAACGUUGUACACAGUUCAGCAUAUACCCCACCCGGCUUUGAAGUGGUUGAUACUAUUGGUGCCGGGGACACCUUUAUCGCUGGCAUGAUGUACGGACUGAUCUGCAAAGGAGAUACCUGGGACCUUUCAAAGAAGUUGGGAAUGGCAAAUCGCCUCGCAGGAACGAAAGUUGCCCAAGAAGGGUUUUCAGGUCUUGGACGGGUGCUCAGAGAGUACUGCUAG